UGAAAGACUGCUCUUGAAGACUAGUGAAGCACGGUAGCCUGUUUGUAUCCGCACUUUGCCAGUCAACAGCAAUGGCUUCAGGAUCAUUUGCGCGCGUGCCGCAAAAAGACAAUCGCGCUCUCUCUGCACGAGAACUCAGAGAAAAGUACAACGGUUACAUCAAGGCUGAUCCUGCUCUUGUUGAAUCCAGACGGUGGAUUGAGGUGAGCAAAGGCUUUUAGCUGUAAUAAUGAUUAUGUUUUGUUCUUUACCUGUCGCACUGUUGUUAAUCAUCUUUACACUAUAUCUUAAUUUCUGAUCUUUAAGGCAGAUUUUUGUUCCUGUGAUUUUUAGGAGGUAACCAAGAAAAGAUUUAAAAGCGAUGACUUUCGUGAAUCUUUGGCUGAUGGUAUUCUGCUUUGCGAGUAAGUAUAAAACCUGAUUGCAAAUCACGAAAUCCCAAUCAAUCCGUUUGCAAUAUUUCAUGGGGUUAGGAUCAUAAUUAUUGCCUCGUUGUCAUACACUUAACGACUAUCUGCGGUUUAUAUCGGGUUUGAGUUGACUCGGAAACUCCACCGAAAGUUACCCGCGUUAUUUGCCCGCUUUCUUUAUAUGGACUUUAGCCCUUUCAAUUUAGUAACCUUCAAUAACUGCAAGUCAGUCGCGCCGGGUAAAAAUGAUUCAUAUAUUUCCAUUUUAUCGGAUGCCCUGUUCUUACUUGAAAACGCGAUCAACUGUGACGCGCGACAGCCUCCUCUUAAGUUGGCCAAAUUUUACUGAUAGAAUGCCUUGAAAGAAAAAAACUCUUAAUUCUGUUCGGAGAAAUCAGUAAGUUGUAGCUUUAAGCUAAAGAAACUUUAGUGCAGGAUGAUUUCUAGAGAUACUCAGGUGUAAUGAUUCCGGCCUACCUCGUACUAAGACCAUCGAUCACAGCUCAUAAUCUGUUUACGUUAUCUAACAAAUCCAAUUCACUAACAAAAACAAAUUAGUGCUAAAAGAAGGCUCUUUAAGAGACACAUUGCUGUGUUAAUGUUCAAAUAUUAAGUUUAGUAAGUUUUUCAGCAAGAGCGAGCAUUUGUAUGGGUGAUUUAUCAAACAAAUCAUUGGUCGAAUUUAUUUAGUAGGAACGUUUCUCGAUCUGUGCUCUCUCCAUGGUAUUCAAUAUAUUCCCUGUUUAUUGAGGCUCUUCUCUUGUCAUACACCUCUUUCUGAGUAGCGGAGUAGAAUUUCAUCCAAAUUUGAAUAUAAAGAGAUUACCGUAUUUAUUCGAAUAAGCGCCCAACCUCGAAUUAGCGCCCACCUCGAAUAAGCGCCCAUCCUAAAGGCAGAAAAAGUUAAUAAGCGCCCAGCCUCGAAUAAGCGCCCACCCCCUCCUCCUCCCAAUCAAACUCAAAUAAGCGCUCACCCCCACCCCACCCACUUGAGUGAAUAAAUUUUAAUGAGAGACUUCCCCGAGGACGGAGUUUUCUUCAGAGUAUUUUACAGAAGCCUUGCUUUGUUACUUCUUCGCGUUUUGUUAUUAGCAUUUAUUGUUUUGUUGCAAAAUAAACAUACUUCACUUGCUGAAAAUGGUGAAAAUUUAAUAAGCGCCCAGCCUCGAAUAAGCGCCCACCUCGAAUAAACGCCCACUCUCAAGGUCCAAAAAUUUAAUAAGCGCCCAGGGCGGUUAAUCGAAUAAAUACGGUAAGUAGGCAAUAACUGCUUCGUCUAAUUAUACGGAUGGAAAGCGGACAGCUUUUCCCAUCCAAACUGACAGUUUCGUACAAAGUCAUCCUUAAAUUAAGCCAUCUCAUUAAAAGAUUUUUGCAAGAAUCAUGAGUUAUUGUGAUGGAGGCAAAUAAAGGGUAGAUAGAUAACAUCAAUGCUAAGUGAAAAAGAGUGGCCAUUGGGGACAUCAACAAUGAAUUAUAAUAAAAUCGUAAAAAAGAAAUUAAAAUCAAGAGGGAAAACAAAAUGGAGGAGCUAAGCCAAUAAGUUAAGUCAGAAGGAAGGAGAAUAAUUUUAAGAAAAAAUAUAUGUUCACCAAAUGAAGUUAACACACUAUUUUCGUAUAGGUAUUACUGAGGAUAUGUAGGUAUUGAUUUACUGUGAGUUAGUCUUUUCAUUUCCGCUUUUUCUGGCUUUACAGGUUGAUCGAGAUCGUUGGAGACGUAUCUCUUGGACGUAUAAAUCGCAUUUCUACUGCUUAUGCCGGCAUUGUAAGUUUGAUUUUAUUUCUGCAUGGUCAGACGUUAAACGAUAUUUCAUAACAAAGAUAAAGGUUACGAAGGAAGAUGCAGGGUGGUGGUGAGACAAGCGUUGCUAGACAAUUUUUAUUAUUUUAAACCUUCAGGGAAGACGAUUUGAGAUCUAGAACUUUCGGAACAUUUGUUGUAAAAUUUCUUGUUUGCCUGCCUCUCUUAGGAUUCUCGAACAUCUAAAAAAUGGUAUAAUUACCCAUUUUUAACGGAUUUGUACCCUAAAAAGGUCACCUAGAAUUUUCGGGAGCCUUUUUUCUGGCUGAAAUUUUCGAAAAGGUAAGUUUUGAUCCCUAUAAUUUUCGGGAUCACUAGACUUUCAGGUAGAAAAUCCGAACAGAUGAAAAAUUUUAAGAGAAUAAAAAUAUGCCUAUAUCUACCGUCUAAAUACUAAAAUACGUUUAACAAUGCUAUGUUUAAGUGGUUUUGAACUAUAUCUUCGUUGGGUGCCCCUGAACCUUCGUCGCUUAUCUUCUCUGCUAAAUAACACCCUGUAAGGAAUAUGACUUACUGUACGUACUUCAUUAUGGGACUUACUACGUCCAAUAAGACGAAAAGAACCCAAAAUACUGUUCGAACCGCUACUAGAGGACUUAGACCGCGGCGGUUGGUGUGGUUGAGUGGAUAAUUUAGUCUAUUUCAAUUUUACAGAGUUAUUAGAAUAUGAUAUGAUUCUCUGUAAAUCCCGAAACUGAACAUAAAAUUUAUAUAUGCAAGUCCGACUGGAACGCAAUACUGCUUCAUACCUUGUCACCGUGUUGAUAAACAUCAUAAGCAGAUUUUUGGCCCCAUGUAAAGUAAUCCAGGACAGUCUUGGAAUGGAUUCCACGCCGUGGAUUCUGGAUUCCAGGUACUGGAUUACAGUGUUUGUCAGUGGAUUCUGGAUUCUGGAUUCUGGAUUCUAAUCGUUAGCGGGAUUCUGGACUCCUUGAGCUGUAUUCUAAAGUCCAGGAUUCCGGAUUCCACAAGCAAAAUUUUCCUGGAUUCCAGAUUCUACAAUCCCUAAUUCCUGAAUCUGGAUUCCCUCACAUUUAGCGAAGAUUUUAGAAUUUUUUUUCUAAAGCAAGAAAUCAAACCUGCCGCGACAAUACAAAUCGUUUCACGUUCAUCCCUUCAGCGGCAACAUCUGUGUUAUUUCGGCCACUUGUGGACCUUUAUCCUCUCCUGUUCUGACCUAUUCUCUAAUUAACAGACAACGAUGAUGUUCAGGUGGCAAUCGAACCAGCCCGCAAAAGUUCCUUUGAGCUUAGGAUGGGCCAUUUUCUAAACAAUCAAGGCCCUAGCACUGGCUUCGCGAACAGGCUGACAUUACAUACGAAAUAAGACUGACUUAUUAACAAGGUUAAAUUGUAUUUCUAGUUAUCGUGUUUUUGCCUACGACAGGGUUAAUAGUUCCUCUCUUUUCCUCGACAGGACAACCUUAACUUGUUCUUCAAAGCAUGCGAGGGUUUGGGCCUAAAAAAACUUCAUCUUUUUGAUGUAGCUGACCUACAAGAAGUAACAACGCGGCGCGGUGAUUCAAUGUAAGUAACGUUGUUGGCUUAUUGGAACACCUUAUUUUUCAGAUAUUUAACUCAUCAUUUAAUUUCUAAAUCCCGCUGAGAUUUUUGAUUGGGGCUCUUGGUUACGCUUUUCAUCAUUGUAGCCGUUAUGUUUGAUAAAUCUUUGGUAAUUGUUUAAAUGUUUUUAAUGGGAAAAGAUUUGGGAGUUUGCUAAAAUUAUGACUAAGAGAGAAUUUUCAAUGUCAAAAUUAAAAAAUAAAUAAAUAAAAGCAAUAAUUUUGAAAAAAAGACGAAGCUAAUCACACCUUCAAGGUAAGGUGCCUCUGUGCGCGUCAGCUUGUAGGCCACGAACUGUCGUCUUUCUUUCCUCAGAGCCACGCGCGCGGCGUGUGAAAAAAAAAAAAAAUGCAAAUUUUAGGUAAAAAGGAGGAGAGAUUGGGAAUUUUUUCUUCACUCGGGCUUCCGCCCUCGUUCAUGGCGGCUUGGCCGCUCCGCUCGCCCCUCACGGGUGCCUUGAUCUACCGCUCAACUCAAAAGAAAAAAGAGACUACUCGCAGUCCAGUCAGCUUGCUAACUUGUCUAUAUAUUGUUAAGACCAUUCUAUCGUGUUUCAAUCAUUCUGACCAUUAUCAGUUCACGUGCACCCUAUCAAACAUUUUUAUCGUUCUUGAAAUAUAGUCUCUUACGCGGAAGGCUUAAAUAAAAUGAAGGGUCAAGUUAGAGUCCAUUUUCCGCGUUCUAGCCAUUCCGCUGUCAAAACGUAAAUUAUCAGAGCUUUAAGCUAUUUCUAGCAACUAGUUUAUUGGCAUAUUAGGCUUUUUUCUUCCUGUACAAAAACAGUGUCCGUUUCACAGAGUCACGUUUUCAAAACAAGCGAACGUGCUUUUUAGACAUACAGUUGUCAGGUGAUGGACUUAUGAAAGGCUUAUGAAAGACCUCAUAGAAGAAGGUUAACCGUUUUGAAUCGGCGCAUGCAACUUAAAGGCUCUAUGUUAUUCUGCUUUCUUUUCAAAAAGCUAAAACCUGUCUUUGUAUCAACUGAAUUUCAAAAAUAAUGGUCCUGUUUUGUUAUUUAGACCACUUUGUUAGUUUCUUGUCGUUUGUUGCCCCAUAACUUUGUGUAUGGGUAAAAGCUCUAAGUACUGACUCAAAACAAGAGAGGAUAAAGCUCUCUUGCAAAAUUGACGCAAAACACACCCUCUAAUUCUGUCUGUGAAAACACCACCGCUCGAACUUUAAUGUUGUGUCUGGUCGAAAAAGCUAGUAAAGACCCUCUCGCAUUCGAAUUCAUGAGCAGUCGGUUUCGUAUUUAUUUUCGGUAACAAGAAAAGAUAAUGAAGGCAAAUUUUGGGAGCAAUUUUUUAUUCUUACAACUUUCACACAUUCGAAUUACUGAACCGCAUAUCAGUGCUAGCUAAGAUUUCUCGAUCCUCGAUCUCUUUUUAUGACAGAUGUCCAGGCAUUGAAAUUCCAGACGUAGUCUAAGACGCGCGCAUGGGCAAUCAUGACGUCAUAGUCCGGAGACAAGCCCAACAAUCCAAGCAAAUUUUACAUUCCUUUUCAGUGAUCUGUAUUUCACGCUUUUCGUCAGGCGAAUAAAACAAAUACAAAGUAAGUCUGAGAAGCAUCAAAUAUUUCAUUAGACUCGUUGUAGGUGUUUGUAUUUAUCUCACAAUACCGGAAACUUUUAUUUUUUUUUUGACACGAAAAGAACGAAAGUCGAUCACGUUUUUCUCGGAAGUAAAAAAGAACAAAACGGAAGUGACGGUAUAAAGCCUUGGUUGUGUUACCAAAAUUUAAUAUGCAGCAACUGAUCCUAUUCUGCAAUCGCUUUUGUUUAAGUGGUCAGUGCGGAAUGCGAAAUUGUUCCGAGCAUUGUUAUCGAGGUUGUAUUGGAUUAAAAACUCUUUGAUAUUCCGCCUUGUGGCAGCGCAUAAUUUUCAGUCCUCAGGGAUUUGUAAGAGUAUAGCGCACAACGUCUUCCAACUUGAGAUUCCUCCAAAGAAACGUAGGUUUUAUUACUUUCUUUUAUUUGCUUACUGCUGGAUGUGUGUUUUUGUUCCAUCGCCUAACUGUCUGAUCGAUGUGACACUCACAUGUAAAUUAAAACACGUAACGCGCGACUUCAUUACGCACUAAGCCUUCCAGGUCGAUCCAGGGUUUGGUUCGACUAGAAUGCAUUAUUGAAGCUGAGUCAAAUCUUUUUCACAUGAUCGUGAUUUCAGAUCUUCCAGAGCAAAGGAAACGCAAAGAAGGCUACAGAAUGUAAGUAGAUAUCAAAAAUUUAAUCUCUAUAACGUAUUCAAUCUUUAAGUACGUCGAAUAUUCAUAAUCUUGAACGAAAAUCAAAUGCUAGCAGCCGUAUCGCGUCUUUAAAUUUCAAGUUGUCAAUGAAUUUUCUUAAUAUUCGUUGAUGCAGCUGGUUAUCUGAUAAUCUGGUCGGCCAAAACAUAUCUUCUCCUUCUUGUCGGUAUCUUCAUAACAGCAGUAGUCUAGACUUCUCAGAUAAGGGAUUUACCAGUUUGUAAUCAUAUUGAUAAUUGAGUCGACAUUGCAUUUAUAGGUAAAAGAUCACACAUUGGAACCUGCGUAGAGUUCUUUUGGUGCAAUGGUCGGAAAAGUUGAUUUGCUUGUUUCUCUUCAACAGCGUUCUAUUUUAAACAAUUUCUUCUUCAGUUUCAACCGUUAGAUUUCGCGAUUUUAUUGGCGCAAGCGGCAGUCGUGAAAACUGAAGAAGAAUUAUGUAACGCUUUUGAUUUAUUUGUGCACAUAUCCGUGUUUACAUUUUUCGGUUUGUUGUGAUAUCUUUUUCAAAAACGUAAAAUAAAAUACAUUUUAAUUUGUGCAACGUAAAGAAGCCGCCAUGUUGGAUUUUUGUUUUGUUUACCGACUGUUACUUGUGCGCGAAUUCCUUUGAUGCCGAGGCAACCACGCGAAAACGCGGGCUCAAUAUUGGCACCUGAUGGUGUGACGUAAGAGAUCUUUCUGAUUGGAAAAGUUUUGGCGUACCCACGUCUUUCAGAGUUCUAGGUGGAACAAAAAGCAGCUUAAUACUUGUGCGAACAAGUUUUCGAAGUGGUGAACGAUUUAAGCCAGACGAUAGAUUGUAGAAACUGUUGUUAGUGGACCGAUUCGGGCCUUUAUAAAACCGGGUAUAAAAACUAAUAGUGUUUAUCUACAGUGGGUCAGCACAGUACGGUACAGUGCUACUGCCAAAAUACGUUACAAGCAACUCAUCCUCCAAUGGAAUGGGUUUAAAUCGCAACGGCUAAUGAAAGAUCAUGGAAACCUUUUCUGCAGUUGUUUCUCUUGGCAUGCUAUGAACUCUUGUUUUUGGUAAACGGAAACAUGCAACUCGUGUGAUUUUUUCUACGAUUUAUGACAUACAAAGUUUAAUAUUUAUCAGUAAUAUUGUCCCAAUAUUCGUUUUUUUGUUUACCUUUUGCAGGUCGCAAUAACAAUUCUUUGGUUAGCCAGAGCUGCCAGAAAACGAGGUUAUCAGGGUCCAUUGCUUGACUCCAGCUGUUUUCAUCAUUUACUUCCGGUAAGAAUUGUGUUUUUUUUUGUGUUGGUCUUUUCCAUCGUCCGAAGUUUUCUUAGUCCAGUGCAACAGAUCGCCGAAUAUUCGUCCUUUAAGGCUUACAAUAGCUGACCCUAUCCAAAUCAAGAAUUUAAACUAACCACAUAAUUCGUGAAGGUAUCGCGAACGCAGACGCAAGAAGAAACGGAAGUUUUACUUAUGUUUGUUGAUAUUUUAUUAAUCUGAGAAUAUCACGUGCCAAUACUUUGUGCGAACUUAGAUGAUGAAAACUAAAACCGUCUAUAAGAAGGAUUAUGUUGGCUUUUACACUGAACGGAAGGAAAACAUCACGAAAUGAUCACUCAGUUGGCUCGCGAAUGCAAUGACCUGUCAUCCAUCUCUGGUGAUGCGAUUUCUUGCGCGUGGGCUCAUUAUCCCUAUAGGGACUGGUAAUCAGGCUAUGUACAAGAGGGUUAAAUUAGUUUUUCAUUUUUUUAGUAGUUUUUGCACGUCUCUUCGAAUAUUUUUGUACUCCACCUACCGAACCUGAUCUUCUCGCAAGCGUUUGAGAAAUACGUUCAUGCUAUUACAACCUUGAACUUAGUCCGCAAUAGAGUUUCAUUCAGUCAAUUUUACUCAUACAGAUUUUAAUUAAGUCCUCGUUAGGAUAUAUUCAUUUAAUAGGUAUUCCACAACCCAAGAGUUAACUGUAUUGGUCAAUAUAUGGAGAUGUUUCGUUGCUAAGGAGCCGAUAGUUAACCUUCGUUUUACCUCUGGCAGUUCAAAGAAAGUGGUGUAUUUAUUUCUUACUCAGGAGGUCAAAUUUCAAGGCAAAAAGGAGCGGGGAAUUAGGAAAAGACAUUCCUCGGGAGAACUGGAAUUGAAAUCACGUGGUACACAGAAUAUUCCACCAAAAAAGAGAGAUAAAGUAUUUGAUAAAAUCGAUAUCAAAGACAGAAAAGAGAAAUUUCUGAAUCUUGAAAACAAAGCAAAAAAGGUAAGCUGGGUGGAUCCUAUAAUUUUAAUAUACUAAACUAAAGUUCUGUAGGUUACUGGGUACCCUAACAAGAGCCCACAACAUAGUAGCCUGAUAUAUGGUAAUCAUGGCUUUGAUGAGUUUUUUUGGACAAUUAGUUGACGUUUAAAUACAUUUGACUUGUAACGUUUGAACUUCGAGCUUCUUGGAGUUUUUAUGUUACCGAGUCUUCGCCCUUGGCUUGCAUGGUAACGUGUUUUUAAUAUGCAGUAGUGAACUAUCUGUCCGUCUUCCUUUAGAUCAUCCAUGGUGUCCUCAUUAUUUUUGUUUUAUACCGGAAACGGUCAGAAAGUAAAUAAAAGACUGAGUAGAUUAUCGUGAUGAGGGUUUCAUACGAACCUUAUAACCAAUCCAUUUCAUAUGACUGCUUCUAGAUUAAUGUAGCUGGCGCGCACUCGCCUUGUAAAUAUUCCCGGAUGGUGGUAUUAAUAAGGUAUAUUGUGUGAACUGAAAUGCUUUGUUAUCGUGCUUGUUAACACAGGAAUCAACCAGUGUAGAGUUGAACCGACGAAGUUCGACUGGAGGGAUCUUAAAAAGAAUUAGAGAUAAUCACUGGCAACAUUGGGAUAAAGAGGACGGGUUACCUACCGACAAAGAACCUGCCAUGCCUGAUCCAAAGUUUCACGAAAAACAAGAACUAUACAACCGACGCGAAAGACAAGCUGCAAUGGUAGGUGCUCGAACGUCAGUGGUUAAAAUAACAAAAAGUUCGAGGUAACUUUUAUCUGCCAGCUCUUAUAGAAAGACUUCUAGACUGCUGUUUGCUUCGUCUAGCAGAUGAAGGAGUAGAGUGCUCAAUCUCCCGGAGUAUAUAACGAGUUAACUCUUACUUCAGCCACGCAACGCACCGAAAAACUGGCCAGUUAUCCUUUGACCACUGUUACGGGCCAUAUUUACUUUACAUUGUUGUUCACUUUCCUCACAGGAGUCGGCAGCGCUGCAAGACAAAACGCGCCGUAAGGGGAGUGGGUCAGAGUAUGUGACGUCACCACCUCCAGUAUCUCUUGGAAGAAAAGUAGAUGUUGACUUGAAGCAAAAGCAGAAAAAGUUUGAAGGACUUGAUCGACAAGCUCAGCAGGUUAUUGCUAGGGGUUUUUUUUAACGAUUUCUCUUGCCAGUCUAAACACAGUAAUCGUGGAACGCCAAUCAGAGUAUUGUUAGUGGCAGUGUGGUACAACAGCUCAAUAGCGUUUGGUUUGCAUGUUUAACUGUAAAUUCGGCCAAAUUUUGAAGAAAUUAAGCGGCCAAGAUUUUUAAUCGCAGUCAAAAAUCUCUCUAAGGACACUUUCUCCCUCCAUAUCACGGAUUACUUCAGUCCUUUGGUGUGAUUACAUUUAUCAGUCUUUUAAUUCAUGGACUUAACCCGACUUCAGAGUUCCUUGCUCUAGUAAGAGAGAUGCAGCUGUAUUAUAAUUUCACUACCCCGGGAAAAAUUUCCUUUACCGGCAACUUAUUAAUAAGUUUUCGGAUAUAUUUCUAAUACUUGGUAUUUUUGGGUUGUUUUUUUUUCUCCAGCAAUCGGCAGUAUUAAGCGGGAAGUCGAGACCAGUUUCCUGGGGACCAAGCGAGAUUCGCCCGGCGCUGAAAAAACAAAAGUCCGUUGAUGUGGCCUUCAAGGACAAACACAAAGCCUACGAGGAACUUCAACGACAAGCAAAUACGGUACGAAAUACUCCACAACUAUACAAGGAGCAUUUGAAGUCACCGCAAGCAUCCUUUGCCAUAAUCGCAUUAAGAUAAUGUCACAUAUAUUUUCGCAUUUAAGUAUUCAUACCCGUUGUUUAACAAUACAAAGCGGGUAAAAUAAAGUUCACAACCAAGUCUUAAGUACACUGAUAAAAAUCGUUCGACACAUUGUCUUGCUCUUGUCAAGUUAGAACACUCAGAAUGAAAUUAAAUUCAAAAUGAAAUUCAGAAUAAAAGCAACUUGAUAUAUCGUAUCAUGUCGGUUGAUUUUUGAAAUAUUUUCUCCUUGUAUUUUGUUUUGUUUGUUAAAAUAUUUCCUCGUUUCGAGAAUUCCUAUGGAAUAAUAGAAAAAUGGAGAUUGUCCCUUUUAAACCUUAUCUUCGAUGGUUUUCACCACAGUCUUGUGCUUAACAGCGAAAACAACACUGAAAACUGUAGAUGAUUUAAAAUAGAAUUGCAGGUGUAUGCAUUAAUGAUGUAGUUCGCUUAUUUGCAUGUUAAACAGCCAAUUAUAAAUGUUUGUAUUGAGAUAAAAAUCUUUGCAUAAUUCCCGUGGGGCCUAAUUUCGCUUCGUGUUACAGGAAAGUGCUGUGCUACAGGGAAAACAUCGACCUCAGUUUGACGGAACUGAUGGAAGACCAGAAAAAGUUCCUCUUGCUGCAAGAUCUGAUGUAAAGCUUCGGGAGAAACAAAAAAGUUUUGAACAACGCGAUUUUCAAGCUCAAAGGGUAAAACACUUUUCGCUUCUUAUCCACCUGUACUCACUUUAACAUUAAUAAUACCUUGGUACAAUUGUUACCCAGGCGAAAAGUUUUCCUUACCAUUAGACCGCCGUCAGGUCUUUAGGCUAAUAUCAGAGGUAAACAUCUGUUUCUGACAGAAUUGUAAGAUCGGUUAGUGGGAAAUAAUUAAAAGAUAAAUUUCUAGGAAAUCUGUUGUAUGUUCUUGAAGAGGUGAACCUGGUGGGUUCAUCUGUAACUUACUCAUUCAACAAUAAAUCGUCCCAAAACCAGUAUCUGCUCAGGAAUUCUACAGUUAUCCGGACUCUCCUGCUGAAGCUGCUGGUCUUACCCAAUCUUAAACUUCAUUGCUUUCAUUAUUUUCUUUUCCUUAGGAAAAAGCUGUACUUGAAGGAUACCUUCGUUUAUCGCCAGAGGACAGCAACGAGAAAAAGCCAAAUUCAGUGGUAGUUCCCAAAAGGGAGCAAAUCAAAUUAGGCGAAAAGAAGGCAACUUUCGAACAACUCGACGAGCAGGCACAACGGGUUAGUAAACAAAAUGUCAUUUAAAUUGUGGCUUACGGUAUUAAAGAAGUUUUGAAAUUUCCUUUCUCUGUUUAGUAAAUUGGAGAAUUUUUGUACUAAGUAAUUGAAGCAUGACAGGACAGCCAAUUUAAAGCUUGAGCACGGUUUUCUGUGUCUUAUAAUGCCCCAUACCCAAAGAUAAAAAUGCGUUUGAAUUAGCAGCCUGGCUUAGGAUCUUUAUUUGCAAUCGAUAAUAUUCAGUGCUAAUAAGAUUUUUAAAGAAUAUUUCAGUUGAUUUGAUAGUCUGGUUUAUAUGGCGUUAAUUUAUUGUAGGAUACAUCUAUUCUUCGCGGUGAACAUCGUCCUUCCUUAACAGAAACCGACGGGCGUAAGAAAUCAUCAAAGGCUGGUCUUUCUCGAGAGUCCAAUGUUGGACUUCUGGAGAAGCAACGCACAUUUGAAGACAUGGAUUACAGGGCUAGGAAGGUAAAGGCAUUAUAUCAACAUUAGCCAGCCUUUUCCUUUUUUUCCUGCUAAAGAACUACAAAAUUGGGGAAAGGGGCAUACUUUGGGGAGGAAACUCCUCAUUCAGUGUCUUCAAACAAGGGGUGAGGCCAGGGUGCGCUAUUGAAUUUGACUUUUGAUUUGGGCGGUCAAACUGUACCUGUGCCGAUCCUUAUUCGUGACGUUUUAAUAAAGAUCAUAUUUAACACUUUCAACUGAAAAAAAAUUUAAGGAAGAAGUAGUUUCGAAUAACUCAGUCCUUUCUAUUUCAAUAUUCAUAUACGAAUCGCUAAGUUUGGGAAAUUAGCCACCGGCCUUGUAAGAAAAUUCUUGCCGGUAGCUUCUUUCUUGUUUUCUUAUCAUGUUUAGGUGAAUCAGUUACACUAUUCAAUGCACAAUAGAUUACCGUAGUAUGUGGAAACAAGCGCUUAAUAGGUAGUUUUAAUUGUAUGAACCAUUUAGUGCUGCCCAGUUUCAAUUCAGACAACUGCGAGGAUGCUGAGCUUUGUUCGCUCACUCGUGAAACAGCCAGUCAUAAGCGCUAAAAUACUUUUUGACAUAAUUGAUGCAUUUGAUUCCGCACUUGUAAAGUUCGCAGUGUGAAUGGAAGUCGAACUUUUCCCGUAAUUGUAUUCGACAAGCUCAGUCGAACAGAACAACAGGUCGUCAAAAUAUCAAAACUGAAUCCAAUCGAUUUAAACUUCGAACGUUAUGUGUUCCAAACCUAAUUAUUAGAUUUGGCUGAUUAACCGGCCCAGUGAUAUAAUUAAACAUUAUUGUCUUUUUCCAACGCACAGGAAAGCGAGAUCCUUCAGAAGAACAAACGAAAAUCAUUCGAAAGUUCUGUAAAAGAACCUACACCACUAAGUACGUCCAACAGACAAUGGGGCGCUUCAGAUAUUAGGAAGCGGAAUCUGCACGAACGACCCACCCGCCCAGUUUCCAAUUACUACGAAUAUAGCAGCUUUAAUGAUGAUCCAGAAUCACACCAAGUUAUGGAAAAUUCCACAUCAGAGGGUCGUAUCGACCAAGUGUCAGUGGAAGAACCUAUCCAAUCAGUUCCGGCAUUUGAAUCACAAGCAAAAGCUACCCGUCCGUACCAAAGGGAUUAUUUCAAAGACGAACAGCGUGCUGUGGAAGAUAGAAGAAAGGAUUAUUUUGAUUAUGCGAAACGAUACGAAGAUUCUAGAAGACGAGAGCCGGUCGAUGAGGUAGCCUUAGAAAUAGAUGUAUCAGAUGCCAAAAAUCUAUCUUAUCGUGAUAUGGUUCGAGCACCGCGGAAAAAACCCAGAGAAACUUUUAUCCGUGAAACGAAUAAUGUAACUGUAGUGGAGGAGAUGCCAUGGCGAAGAGAAGUUCGAGAUGUCAAGGACAAAAGGCACCUUUCGUCAGACGAAGAGCAGGGUGCAAGUUUUGCUGCUCGACCAAGCUCACCACGCUCUGAGCUUGGAAAAGCUCAAUACCUUGAACUGGUUGUUCCCCCAUCAAAAAAAGCGAUGGACAAUUUUGCCAAUGAUAGGGAGGCGACUGAAAAAAAGGCAGAAGAAAUGCCGUGGAGAAAAGAAGCAAGGGAGAUCAAAAGAUCAUCGAGCGGAGAAGACCCUCCUAUAUUCAUGUCUCGUGCCGAUGCGCAACCUGCUGAACUUACACGGAUCCGUCCGCCCUCCUUGAAAACACGGGAUACCUUUUUGACAACACAAAGUGACGAACAGGAAGAAGAAAUGCCCUGGAGAAAAGAGGUCAGAGAAUUAAAGGAGAGACCCCGUUCAGAAGAAGAUGAGUAUCGAGAUGACAGUCCUACCCCUGAAGUGGAUUUCUCUACCGGAACAAACUUGCGUAGAUUAUCUUACAAGGAGUUUACUACAGUUCCGUCGAGAAAAAGAAGAGAUGUUUUCCAGGUUAAUGAUGAAAAAGAGAAGGACAAAGAGGAAAUGCCAUGGAGAAAGGAAGUACGCGAAAUCCAGAGAACAAAGACUGAAGAAGAAGAGGAACCGCUCCAAAAGUCUUCUGCUACGUUAGCUCAGUCUUCUCCAGAAGGCGAUAAUCGAAUACCUGAAUACGCGUACCAAGACGUGGUAACUAAGCCUCUUCGAAAGGCUAGGGACAGCUUUACGCCGAGGGUAGAAAAACAAGAAGAGGAAAUGCCUUGGCGGAAAGAAGUUCGUGAAAUUAAAAGAACUAUAACGGAGGACGAACAGGUUCAGCGUUCAUCUGCUGUGACGGUUGAUUCUUCUCCAGAUGACUUCAAGGACCCAAGAAGUUUUUCAUAUCGCGAUUUUAUUGCGAAACCCAGGAAAAAGUCAGAAGGCUUUCUCUCCAGUGAAGAAAAGGAGAAAGAAGAAAUGCCUUGGAGAAAAGAAGUCCGAGAGUUGAGAGACAAAGCCGUGGAAGAGGAACAAAUAAGCCAAUCGUCUCGCUGGGAAGUUGAGUCGGCGCCGAAUGAUUCUUGGUACAAGAACUCUGGCCGCAAUGACACAGACGCUCAGAAAUUGUCUUACAACGAUUUCGUUUGCCCACCAUCAAACGUAGAUGAACCACAGGAAAAGGUUCGUCGUAAGUCCACCAAAGUUAGAGAUCUUACCCAGAAGUUUGCCACAAUCGAACGUGAAAAAAAUCUCCCCAAAGAAAAAGGUCCUCCCUCGCGGAAAUCUUUGGUAGACGUUGCAGAGCUGAAAAGAAUAGAACGAGAUAUGAAGACACGAAGCUGGCAUGGAUUUCGUUCCAGCGAAUACGACUCUGAUGAUGACUAUGACGUGGAAUACCGCCGGCGGAGAAAAUCAAAAGAAGAAUGGGAAGAAAAGCUACGAGAUCAACAUCAUCGGGAGAAUGUUUCUGGACUGGAGCAAUUUGAUGACGUCUUUCAAGAUCCGGAAGGGUACUUUGACCAGAUGCGAGGCCCUCCACAUGAGAAAACUGUAGAGGAAGAAGUGGGUUUUCAGUAUAAAGAACCUUCGUGGGUUGACCAGCGAGCCAUACGUUCCACGAAUGAAAGUGGUUUCUAUAGCCCCCAUGACCAAAAUGGUCAAUCGUCUGUCAAUGCUGCUGACGAAUUCGAUUAUUACCAAAACUAUUCGGUCGAUGAUGAACCUAGAAAACGCAAACCGUCAGAUGACCGAGUAGUUGUGAAGCAAACCUGGAUUCAGCCAAAUCGCGUGGAAUUAGCUGAAACUCAGGCUCCCAGUGCCCAAGAUCAUCAUAGGCAGAGGGAUGCGAAUCGUCCAGCAGAGCAUUUGAAAAGUGAGAGACCAUACGUGCGCGAUUUUGAAAAGAUGGAACCUGUUCGAGACGGACGAGGAAAUGAAGACAAUCAAUUUUUUCCAAGACCCAUCGAUCCUAGCGAAGAUAAAUGCUUUAUUGAAGAAGGCGAGCAUCAACGACAGAAUCGUUCUUAUUACUCGGGAUUUAAUGGUUUUGGUGGCCACAGUCAAGUUAAAAACGAUGAUUGGCUGCCAACAAAAAAUAGGCCGGAUCCUCGAGGUCAGAGAAAUCAGACGCCUACGAAGAAUGACGUUGGUGAAGGUCCUAUGGUGUUUGGUGGUCCUAUAGUCGUCACCGUACGACGGAAUCAGCAACCCGAAAAACCUGAAGAACCAAGACGCCGCGGGACGUAUGAUUUUGUUCCAGCUGCAGUACGACCUUACGAAAAUAGAAAGGCAGAGAAGGGGGGGCAAGACGAUAAAGAUUUCCCAGCAAUAAAGACGUCAUAUAGCGACAGAGCUGUUGUAAAAUCAUUCAAGGAUGAAGGAGGAAGCAUAGAGAGUGCAAGAGAUCUGGUCCUGCAGGACAUAAGAAAUAUUAACAAGGGAAGGAUUGUGGAGCCAGCAGAAGAAGGGAAAACAUCUCAUCGACCUCAGGUGUUCGGCGUAUUUGCGCGAACAGAUCCAAACCAGGAGAAGGGACGUGGCGAUGCACAAAAACAACAAUCGUCGGACUUUUCAGUUCCCACAGUUCGUGGCCAUAUGCAUGAUCUCCAUGAAAGCCAGGUAGAAAAUCCACAAGAUUGGAGACAUGUUGAGAACGAAAAGGACGAGUUGUGGUACGCGGACCCAAAACCGCCGCGCAACUACGAAAUCUCUGAUUACGAAAACAGUGCAUCAAAUCUUACGGAGCUGAAGCCAGCUGUCGUCUCGGUCGUUGAGAGUCAGGUACGGCAGUGGGGCACUGGUGGAUUUCAAGAAACUCCGCAGAAAGAUGAACAGCGAACAGGACGACAACGGGUGAUGAACUUUUCAAAUGAUGACGAUGACAUUGCAAGGGUUAAUAGGGAUGACGCGUUCCGAUCAGCAACGGGUGCAGAUGAUCGAAGACGAGAGCAGAAAGAAAAAGAAGAGAUGGUUAGAAAGCAAUUACAAGACGCUGAGUAUAGAGAAAAAUACAGGAAAGAGUUUGAGGAAAAAAAUCGCAAGCAUCGAGAAAAAUCGAACUACCUUAUGAGUUUGCAGAUGAGAGCAGCUAUGGGCUCAGAUGAAGAUGUAGGUUACGGUGAAGACACUGUUGCAACUAGAGUUAAAGAAUUUCACAGUGAACAACUUCCAAGCAGCAGUUGGAAAAACGAUGCUGAAACCGGAAACCCCAGGCUUACUGGUGACGUUAAUGAGGAAGAUGGGUUAAAAGUGGUUGCUGCAGAGGAAGACUACUGGCAUCACAAAAUUGAAAAAAAAAGGGAACUACAAAUCAGAGAAGCAAGUCGACAUGAACCACCAAGAAGAAAGAAAAGUGAGGAAUCACAGCCGCGCAUCAAUGGAAUUGACUUUGUUGUGGAAGAAGACAUUGUGCACAGAGAAUACAAGGACUUCGACCACGAUGCGCGUAGUAGAAAGCUCCAAGCUGAAGAAGAGCUUAUGGCUCAGGAAGGUGACAGAUUAAGAAGAGAAACAGCCGCUUUGAAACAGCAAAUUCAAAUUGAGGAACCAAUUAUCGCGCCAGUAGAAAAACCGCCAGUGGAAUUUACAGUCAAUGAGGAAGUGGUUAAUAGUUUACUGGCUGAAGAAAACAAAGAAGAUAACUUUUACGAUGAGAAUGAAAAUCGUAAAUUUGGUAAAAGAGAUGUUUUCCAUAAAGAUGAGGAGUAUCUGCCACAGAAAGAAUUGGAGUUUCAGGGAAAUGGUAGAUUGUAUUCGGAUGAAGGGAAGACUUCAAGGCCACAGGUGGGAAUUCGUCCAAUAAAUGGCUAUCAUCACGAAAGAGAAACACACCAGAAGGCACCAGCUGAAAUAUUAAGACAUGAUGGAGAUCCUCUUCACCACAACGGCGUCCUUGAGACGGACCCGGAAAUAAAUGGUUUUGAUGGAUAUAGUAUUUACGAGACAUUUAUUCACGGCGAAAGUAAUCACGUGAUUUGCAUGAGCUGCGGCACUUCAAUCGAGAAGAGUCCGGCGAUGUACAUAGCAGAGUUGGACCGUUACUGGCACGUGAACUGCUUCAACUGUGUUGUGUGCCGGGCGUGGUUUGGGGACGAAUAUAGCCCAGUCCUUCAAAUCACCAACUCCAUGUUGCAUUGUGAGCGUUGCUACAUAACAUCUGAGGGUAAGUAG